AUGUCGCCGAACAUCCUCCUGCGAGGACGAGAGUCUGGCGUCGGCAGUGAGACGACGGCUGGAAUGGUCAAGAGAGUGGCAGAAGGUCUUUUUCUGUUCGAAGCUUUGGGCUGUCGUCCAGCGGCUCGAUGGACGUUGAGGACUGUUAAGACGCCUCGCUCGUCAGCACAGUUACGCAGCCAUCUCGGAGAGUCUGGAGAGUGGUGUAGACCUUACAGACAGGUCGUCGAAGCUCCUUCUGCGAGGAUGAGGAACUGUCGUUGCCUGCGAGCCCUGGAGGUGGUGGACAACCAGGACGUCGGGGCCAACACGGUAGCGAGGAUGGGCUCCAGCGAGCAUCAGGCAACGAGCAAGAAGGCAGCGGAGCAACUUAUCCUGCUUGAUCUCGCCGUGCAGCAAGAUGGUGGCAGGAGGUCUUUCUAUGUGCGAAGUUUGCCGUCGCCCAGCAGCUCGAUGAGCGAAGGCUGUGAAAACGCGUGUCUCGUCAGCACGAUUGAGCAGCAGUUGUGGGACAAGCCAGAGAGUGAAGUAGACUUACAGGCUGGUUGA